AUGGGCUCCAUGAAGGAAUUGCUAGGGUACCCCCUGGCCCCGCAAGUGACCUCCUUUCCUGCCUUCCUUUCAGCCGUGGGCACUCGGGCGCGGAUCCUCUUCACCAAGGAGCCGUCCUCUCAGGACGCCCUGCACGGCCGCAGCGCCAUCCUGCGCUGCGAGGUGGAGGAGCCGAGCGGCGUGGAGUUCGAGUGGCUGCACAAUGGCCUUUCCGUCCAGGACACCGAGCGCCGCUUCCAGGAGGGCAGCAACCUGCAGUUCACCGCCGUGGAUCGGCAGCAGGACGCCGGGGGCUUCCAGUGCGUGGCCAGGAGCACGGUCACGGGAGAGGAGGCCCGAACGGCAAACGCAUCUUUCAACAUCAAGUGGCUGGAAACGGGCGGCGUUGUCCUGAAGCACCCAGCAAGUGUGGCAGAGAUCCAGCCCUCUGCCUCCGUGACGCUGCGCUGCCACAUCGACGGCCAUCCGCGCCCAGCGGGCCAGUGGUUCCGGGAUGGCAGCCAGCUCCUGGACGACCGUAGCAGCUACUGGAUCAGCAAUAAGGAGCGGACGCUAACCCUAAAGAGCGCCAGCCCCGAAGAGAACGGCAUCUACUACUGCUGUGCUCGCAACGCCGUGGGCACGGUGUGCAGCAGCGACAACUUCACGCUGAAUCUCGUCGACGAGAGCUUCCCUCGCCCAGUGCUCAUCCCGCAGGACCUGAUCGUGAGUAAGAACGAAGAGGCCAUGUUCCACUGCCAGUUCACGGCAGUGCCUCCUCCCACGCAGGAGUGGGUCUUCGAGGACAGCUCGCCCAUCACCAACAGGACCCGGGUCACGGUGUUUGCCAAUGGCUCCCUGCUGAUAACCCAGGUGAGAGCGCGCAGCACGGGGAUCUACAGGUGCAUUGGCCACGGGCAGAGAGGGAAACCCACCGUCCUGGAGGCAAGUCUGCGGCUGGCAGAGAUCGAGGACAUGGCGCCGUUCUCCCCGAAGGUUUUCAUAGCGAGCCAGGAGCAGCGCGUGGCCUGCCCUGCCCCCCGCGGCGUGCCCCAGCCCCGCGUCUGGUGGGAGAGGAACGGCGUCCCGAUACCCGCGAGUGGCAGGGUGCGCCAGGAGGCCGAGGAGCUGGUCUUCACCAGCGUUACCGGGAGCGACGCUGGCACUUACACCUGCCACGCGGCAAACAAGGCUGGGGAGAAGAAGCAAGACCUCAGCGUCACCGUAGCCACGGUGCCCAGGUGGGUGGAGAUGCCCAGGGACAGCCAGCUGGAGGAGGGGAAGCCGGGCUAUCUCCACUGCCUCAGCAAGGCCUCCCUGAAACCCACCGUCUCCUGGUACCGCAAUGGCGUCUCCAUUUCCGAGGACUCGCGCUUUGAGAUCUCGGAGAACGGGACGCUGCGCAUAAACAGCGUGGAGGUGUACGACGGGACCGUGUAUAAGUGUGUGAGCAGCACUCCGGCGGGGAGCAUCGAGGGACACGCCCGUGUGCACGUCCUGGAGAAGCUGAAGUUCACGCCCCCCCCGCAGCCCCUGCAGUGCCUGGAGUUCGACAAGGAGGUCACCGUGUCCUGCUCGGCCACUGGCCGCGAGAAGCCCACCGUCCGGUGGGUCAAAACAGACGGGAGCAGCCUGCCGGCUCACGUCAGCCUCAGCGCUGGCGCCCUGCACUUCCGCAAGGUGAGCCGCAGCGACGCUGGGAACUACACCUGCAUCGCCUCCAACAGCCCCCAGGGCGAGAUCCGGGCCACGGUGCAGCUCACGGUGGCAGUUUACAUCACCUUUAAGCUGGAGCCGGAGCCCACGACGGUGUACCAGGGGCACACAGCCGUGUUGCGGUGCCAGGCAGAGGGCGACCCGGUGCCACACAUCCAGUGGAAGGGGAAGGAGAGGAUUCUGGAUCCCAGCAAGCUCUUACCCAGGAUCCAGAUCAUGCCCAACGGCUCCUUGGUGAUCUACGACGUCACUACGGACGACUCCGGGAGGUACACCUGUAUUGCUGGCAACAGCUGCAACAUCAAACACCGCGAUGCCAUCCUCUACGUCGUAGACAAGCCGGUUGCGGAUGGGGACGAAGGUCCCAACAGCCACACGCCCUAUAAGAUGAUCCAGACCAUCGGGCUGUCGGUCGGGGCGGCCGUCGCCUACAUCAUCAUCGUGCUGGGCCUCAUGUUCUACUGCAAGAAGCGGAGGAAGGCCAAGCGGCUGAAGAAGCACCCGGAGGGCGAGGAGCCCGAGAUGGAGUGUCUGAACGGUGGCGCUCUGCUGCAAAACGGGCAAACCACGGCCGAGAUCCAGGAAGAAGUGGCUUUGACCAAUCUGGGCAGUAGCUCCGGCGCUAGCAAGAGGCACAGCGCCACCGACAAGAUGCACUUCCCCCGCGCCAAUCUGCAGAGCAUCACGACGCUGGGGAAGGGCGAGUUCGGAGAGGUCUUCCUGGCCAAAGCGAAAGGCCUGGAGGACAGCGAGAGCGAGGCGCUGGUGCUGGUGAAGAGCCUGCAGACGAGAGACGAGCAGCUGCAGCUGGACUUCCGGCGCGAGGCGGAGAUGUUCGGCAAACUGAGCCACCCCAAUGUGGGGCGGCUGCUGGGCUUGUGCCGAGAGGCAGAGCCGCACUACAUGAUCCUGGAGUACGUGGAUCUGGGGGACCUGAAGCAGUUCCUGAGGAUCUCCAAGAGCAAAGAUGAGACGCUCAAGCCGCAGCCCCUCAGCAACAAACACAAGGUGUCUGUCUGCAGCCAGGUGGCCCUAGGGAUGGAGCAUCUCUCCAACAGCAGGUUUGUGCACAAGGACCUGGCCGCCCGAAACUGCCUGAUCAGCGCCCAGAGGCAGGUCAAGGUGUCGGCCCUGAGCCUCAGCAAGGACGUGUAUAACAGUGAGUACUACCACUUCCGCCAAGCCUGGAUCCCGCUGCGCUGGAUGCCCCCGGAAGCGGUCCUGGAGGACGAGUUCUCCACCAAGUCAGACGUGUGGUCCUUCGGCGUCCUCAUGUGGGAGGUCUUCACGCACGGGGAGAUGCCCCACGCCAAACUGGCAGACGACGAGGUGCUAGCAGGUUUACAGGCGGGGAAGAUGAAGCUGCCCCACCCCGAGGGCUGCCCUUCCAAGCUCUACAAGCUGAUGCAGCGCUGCUGGGCCCCCAGCCCCAAGGAACGCCCCUCGUUCAGCGAGCUCGCCACCGCGCUGGGCGACAGCCCGUCGGACAGCCGAGCCUGA